UCUUUGGUAAUCCUUUUGUAAUUGUUAUUUCAAGAGAGUCACUUACAGCAAAACCAAAGAGUUAAAACAACUCGUAAAACAAGUUAUAUUACUCUUUGAGCAAAACUAAUAGUUGCUUGUAAUUUGAUCUUUUACCAGGCAACUCAAGAAAUCCAGCAAAAGCUCAAAUCUAUUCUUCCUUUAAGACUUCAUGUUAUUUUAAAGCAAUUGUUUGAAUAGAGUUUAGUUUAUAUUGUUAAUCAACAUGGCAUGGUCUCCUGACCCUCAAACGCGUUCAUCUAAUGUUACUAAAUUGUUCGAUGUUUUUAAGGAAUUUAAAUUUUCUAAUAUUUUCAAGAAGGAUAAAAAAGACCUUUACAAUAAUUUCGUAAUUGUCAUCAACUCAUCAAUGAUGCCAAAGAUACUUCUUUUCGAGGCAAUACUUCUCACUUAUAAGGAAUAUUUUGGUGAAGAGAUUACUUGUUCAGUCGAAGAACCACCGAGAUUUACUAGACACAGAUUUGUUGACUACUGUUGGUUGGAGGGAAGCUUCACAAUACCUGCCGAGUCUCCAGAUCAGUCCCCUUACAGCGGAGUCAGUUCAAUGUAUGCAGAAAAUGGAUCCAAAUUUUAUCAUCGCUACUAUCCAUGGGUCUACUUGUCCGUAAUCAUCCAAUCAAUCAUGUUUUACUGCGUUAAAUGGAUCUGGAAAUCUACCCAUGAUAAUCGUUUCUUCGGACUACUCACAAAAUUAGAUAAAGAUAAAAAAAAUUUGAACCAAUAUAGUGAAAAUGAGAGGAUAACAUUGGUUCAAUCGGUUGCUGAUCUUUUAUUUUCCAAUAAUCCCUUUUACAAUAAUAUUAUUUUCAUGGAGUUACUUUGCCUGAUUCACUUGCUUCUUCAAAUUUGGAUAACUGACAGAUUCCUUAGCGGCAACUUUCACUAUCUCGGUAUCCUUUGGCUUGAGUCAUCUUAUAAAGUUAAAAGCAUUACUUCACUUUUUCUGUCCACCUCAUCGUCCGAAUCCUCAUCACACUCUUUAGAUUCAUUCAAUGCAAAUGAUCCCUUGUUGCACAUCUUUCCUCGGAUGGUCAAGUGUACAUUGAAAUUUUAUGGACCUUCCGGAGAUCCGAGUACAUAUGAUGGCCUUUGUUUCCUCGCUGCCAACUCUUUGAAUGAAAAGGUUUACCUCUCCCAAUGGUUUUUUUAUCAUUUUACUCUUCUUUUCAUCAUCAUUGUCCUUACUUGGCGAACAUUGAUUCUCUUGGUUCCUCCACUUCGAUCAUUUGCACUUUCCUUUACAAGUUCAUCGCAUAUUGCCCAAAAUUAUUGGUGCCUAUUGGAAAGUCCAGGGAAUUGGUUUCUACUUCAUAUACUUUCCUCGUUGCUACCAGUGUCCCACUUCAAAGACCUAAUGGAUGCUGUUGUUGAAUCUCAUUAUGACAAAUAUGGAAAUCCUUUAUUCAACUCAAGAUAUCAACUUUUGACUAAAAAAAAGGGUUCUAAUGAAGCUGAGAAUAAUGAAGGAAGUAAUAAUUCAGACCAUAAAGACCAGAAAGAAACAAAAGACUUCGAAAUUAUAUGGCCCGAUGAUUGUACAUUUUAAAAUGUAUUAGUAAUGUUUUUGUGAUACUUCAUUCAAAAUAAAUGAAAUAAGACAAAAGAAAGUAUUUUAUUUUGCAAAAUAAGUACAUUUUCUGGUUGAUCAUCCGAAAUUCCGAACUGACAAUAACCAAACAUAGUCUAGGUGAAAGGUCAUCUAAAAAAACCUACAAAAAUUCUAUCAAAUCUCUGGCUCACUGACUUCACUCAAAAUGAAUGAAAUAAGACAAUUUUUUAAAAUACAUUCACAAAUUAAAUCUAUCAUAUGUAAUGUACCGGGUGUGGCAUAAGUCAGGUACAGCAUAUUUUCGUGAAUAACUUUUGCACCGAUAGAGAUAUUUCAAAACGGUUUUUCUCAUUGUAAUCAGCGCUUUUUCGGUUGUCAUUUGACUAUAUGCUGGAAGUGCCAACCUUUACUAGCGAUCGUUCUGACACGAAAAACGCAAAAUAUUGUCUCGCAAUGAGAAAUUCGAGAAUUGAAGUUUUUCUUCCUACGCCUUUAUGGCUUAGUUGCAAGGGUGUUUCGACCCUUCGUGGCACUUGGUUAGUUCCGUUCAGCGGCUUUGAUGUCUUCUUUGUAAAGAUAAUAUAGUUUUAUAAAAAAUUUGCGAUCUUGCCGCUAAGAAACGGCAUUUUUCAAAAUUCGAAUUUUUAACGAGAAACUUUCACAGAACUCAACCGACGGCUUGAGAAAAACACCUAAAAAAUUUGGCGGCGAUAACUAUUACAGUUGCUGAGAAAAAGCGGAAAAUAUGCUGUACGUGACUUAUGCCACACCCGGUAUUAUUAUGAGUUUCGUUCAUCUGAGUAAACUUAAACGCGUCAGCUUGCAAUAUGGUGUAAUUUGAAAAUGUUACUUUAACAUCAAAGUCGAGGAUAAACUGACGAUUACGCAAAUCCAGAUAACAAUCAUUCGGUUCGAAUAGUUCCAAAGAACAAGUUUCUUUGGUAAAGGGCCAAAACAGAGAAAGCAAAAUAGAGAAGGUCAAUAUUUGCAAUAUUCGACAUAACCAAACCUUGUCCGAUUUACCCAUUCAGAAUAACUAAAGAUACUGUUUUCACAAUUAAAUGCUGUUGUUGAAUCUCAUUAUGACAAAUAUGGAAAUCCUCUGUUUAACUCAGGAUAUCAACUUUUGACUGAAAAAAAGGGUUCUGAUGAAGCUGACGAGGGAAGUAUCCCAAGUGGUACGCUUAUUUUUUUGGGUUUAUAUUGUAGAGGAUCGAAAAUUAUUAGACACGUAUUUUGGCUUUUUUUGCAAGUGCGCGGCUCGUGAUGUAGAGCCCUUUCAAGUCGCGACAGUCAAUUCAAUGUAAAGCGUAUGGAAGUAACUCUAAAUUCAUUUUAAUAAAUAAAAUGUUUUCUUGCUUAUCAAAAUAAAUUUUACAGCUCCCUUUUGUCUGAAUAUUAUAAGAACUUGACUAAAUAAUAUGAGAACUGUCUAAACAUUUUGAGAAGCCGACUAAACAUUAUGGGUACUUGUCAAAAGUCAUCGAGAAAUUCUGUAAAGAAAAAUAAAGAACUUAAUUUUUCAACCAGGCUUUUGGAGCUGUAAUUAUAAUGUAAAUGUUGUUGUAACUAGUGAAUAUCUUCACCAAAAUAUUCAGGUUGCUACUGAAAGACACAAUAAACACAUUUGCAACAUUUAUGAAGCAAACUUGUCAACAAAAUGGGCAAAAACGGGUAAAAAUCAACUUCUUCGCUAUUUAGACUUCAUUAGUUUGUAGAAUCAUGAAAACUGAAUCCAUAUGCGUUAAUAAAAAAUUUCUAUGAUCGGUAGUUUUUCCGAGAAAAUCGAGGUCGAAUUUGAAAAUUCGAUCGCCUUUUGUACAUUUACGCAAGCAGAUUUUUUCGUGAAACUCAUUUUCCUUAUGUAACUUUUUACAAUCAGAAAAUGAAGUUAUUUUAAGGCAUAGAAUUUUCUUUUUUCCGUAAAACAGGGAAGUUCGAUUUUAACUUAAACCGAUUGAUCUCAGUGACCGUACAGUUAGCAAUCUGAAACUUAGUUUUCGUGCAUGAAAAUUGUUGGUACACAGCCUAGACUAGAUACCUUUUUCAAUCUACAUGUAUAUACAUGCCUCUUGAUUUUGGCCAUUAACCUGAAAACUUUGAAUCUCGAUAUUUCGAGAAUGGCACCAUAUACAGUCAUCGUUUUUUGACCAAUCAUAAGAUUUCAUCAUGAGCUAUUAAAUAAUAUGAAUAAAUAUAAAAAAAAUUAUAACUAAUUCAUUUAAUAAUGCUUGUUCUUCUAACACAUCAUGAGUAACUAUUUAUCUUUGUUAAUCUGGUAUCAAAUCAGCUAACCAAAUAAUUUAGUGUUAUAACUUUUUUUGUAGUUUCUUGAAUUAUCUUAAAACUUCAAUAUAUCGUAGUCCAUAAUAAAAUCUUAUGAUUGGUUAAAAAACGAUGUAUGUAUGUGAUGCAAUUCUCGAAAUAUCGAGAUUCAAAGUUUUCAGGUUGAUGGCUAAAAUCAAGAGGCAUGUAUAUAGAUCGAAAAAAGUAUCUAGUCUAGGCUGUGUACCAACAAUUUUCAUGCACGAAAACUAAGGAAGUAAUAAUUCAGACCAGAAAGACCAGAAAGAAACAAAAGACUUCGAAAUUAUAUGACCCGAUGAUUGUACAUUUUAAAAUGUAUUAGUAAUGUUUUUGUGAUACUUCAUUCAAAAUAAAUGAAAUAAGACAAAAGAAAGUAUUUUAUUUUGCAAAAUAAGUA